AUGUCACACAACAGCUUCGUGGGCCCCUGGAGACCCCACCGGCCCCGGGUGCCCGUUUCGGCCCAGUUCCGCACCCCCGGGCCCCAGUACGGGCUGCCCAGCGGCAUCGGCUACAACCACCGCGAUCCCUCCACCCGCCGCGCUCCCGCCUACAGCUUCGGGCUGAAGCUGGGGGGCCCCGAGGAGUCGCGCUCCCCCGGCCCCCAGUAUUUGGUGCCCCCCGGCUUCACCGCCCGGGGCCGGGACCGCGCCCCCGCCUUCACCAUGGGCGGCCGGGCCCGCCAGCACCAGGCCACCAACACACCUGGGCCAGCUUAUUAUUCUCCCGAGCUGGCUGACAGGAUGACCCUGCCCUCGGCCCCCGCCUGCUCCGUGGCGUCCCGCGGCCGUCAGGAUAAACCCCAGCAGACACCAGGCCCUGGCAGCUACCAGCUGCCACCCGUGAUGGGCCCCCACCUGGUGAUCAAGAGAUCGGCCCCCCAAUGCACCAUGACAGGGAGAGGCCCCAGCAUGUUCGACGAGAAGAGAAAGACCCCAGGACCCAACAGAUACAGCACCGUGGACACCAACGUGUACAUGGCGCGGGCCCCCCGCUGCACCAUGGCGGGACGGAGCCGCCCCCGCCCGAUCUUACACACCCCCGGCCCCAGCGACUACAGCCCCAAGCAGGGUCAGAAACAAGGACUGACCUUCGGCGUGCGCCACUCGGAAAGCGUGAUCCCCAUGAUGGACUCGCACCUGUAG